UUUGGCGCAGGGAGGCGCACAGGAUCCCUUAGCAUCCCAGGUUGGACCCCGCGGCUGCUGUAGGCGUGCUCAUGGCUGGGCAGCAGGCGCUGCUUCUGGUGAGCUUCCUUCUCCCUGGGGUCCUGCUCUCAGAGGCCGCCAAAAUCCUGACAAUCUCUACAGUGGGUGGAAGUCAUUAUCUACUGAUGGACCGGGUGUCACAGAUUCUUCAAGAUCACGGUCAUAAUGUCACCAUGCUUAACCAGGAGGGAAAUUCUUUGAUGACAGAUUUUAAAAAGGAGGAAAAAUCAUACCAAGUUAUCAGUUGGCUUCCACCUAAAGAUCAUCAAAAAAAGUUUAAUAAGUAUUUUGAUUUCUUUAUGGAAGAAGCUUUGCAUGGCAGAGGAAUAUCUGAAAACUUUUUAAAAUUUGUGGAACAAAUGGGGUUUCAGUGCAGUCAUUUGCUAAGGAGAAGGGAUAUCAUGGAUUCCUUAAAGAAUGAGAACUUCGACAUGGUGAUAGUUGAAGCUUUUGACUUCUGUCCUUUCCUGAUUGCUGAGAAGCUUGGGAAGCCAUUUGUGUCCAUUCUUGCCUCUUCAUUUGGCUCUUUGGACAUUGGGCUACCAAGUCCUUUGUCUUAUGUUCCAGUAUUUGGUUCCUUGUUGACUGACCACAUGGACUUCUGGAGCCGAGUGAAGAAUUUCCUGAUGUUCUUUCAUUUCACCAGGAGGCAAUGGCAAAUGCACUCUAAGUUUGACAACACCAUCAAGGAGCAUUUCUCAGAAGGCUCGAGGCCAGUUUUAUCUCAUCUCCUACGGAAAUCAGAGCUGUGGUUUGUGAACUCUGACUUUGCCUUUGAUUUUUCCCGGCCUCUGCUUCCCAACACUGUUUAUGUUGGAGGCUUAAUGGCCAGACCUAUUAAACCAGUAUCACAAGACUUAGAGGACUUCAUCGCCAAGUUUGGGGACUCUGGUUUUGUUCUUGUGGCCCUGGGCUCCAUGGUGAGCCUCUAUCAGACUCAGAAAAUUCUCAAGGAAAUGAACAGUGCCUUUGCUCACCUCCCUCAAGGAGUUGUAUGGAAUUGUCAGCAUUCUCAUUGGCCCAAUGAUGUCAACUUGUCUGCAAAUGUAAAAAUUGUGGACUGGCUUCCUCAGAGUGACCUCCUGGCUCACCCCAGCAUACGUCUUUUUGUCACCCAUGGCGGGCAGAAUAGCAUCAUGGAGGCCAUCCAGCAUGGUGUGCCCAUGGUAGGAAUUGCUCUCUUUGGAGACCAACCAGAAAACAUGGUCCGAGUAGAAGCCAAAAAACUCGGCGUCUCUAUUCAUUUACAAAAACUCAAGGCAGAUACACUGGCUCUCAAAAUGAAACAAGUCAUAGAAGACAAGAGGUACAAGUCUGCAGUGAUGGCCGCCAGCAUCAUAAGGCACUCACACCCCCUGAGUCCCACCCAGCGGCUGGUGGGUUGGAUUGACCACAUCCUCCAGACAGAAGGGGCAGCACACCUGAAACCCUAUGCCUUCCAGCAACCCUGGCAUGAGGAGUACCUGCUGGAUGUCUUCCUGUUUCUUCUGGGGCUCACUCUGGGCACUGUGUGGCUUUGUGGGAAGCUGCUGGGCUUAGGGGCCAGGUGGCUAUGUGGGCCCAGGAAGCUGAAGGAGACCUGA